AAACCUGCAAACCUUGCUUACACAUUGCUUCACGUUACUUUUCCUGCGGAUCUCUCUGUGGAACGUCGUCUUAUCGUGCUUCUCUCGAAUUACCUUGGACAUAAUGGGUUUCGUCAAAGUAGUAAAAAAUAAACAGUACUUCAAACGGUACCAAGUUCAAUUUAAGAGGCGCCGACAAGGAAAGACUGAUUAUUAUGCUCGUAAGAGAUUGACGAUUCAAGAUAAAAAUAAGUACAAUACUCCUAAAUAUAGGUUGAUUGUACGGUUGUCUAAUAAAGACAUUACUUGUCAGGUCGCUUAUUCAAGAAUCGAAGGCGAUAAAAUUGUCUGUGCAGCUUAUAGCCAUGAACUUCCUAGGUACGGAGUAAAAGUUGGUCUCACCAACUAUGCAUCUGCAUACUGUACUGGUUUACUUUUGGCAAGAAGGCUGCUGAAGAAAUUAGGGCUGGAUACCUUGUAUGUUGGUAAUACAGAUGUAAAUGGGGACGAAUAUAAUGUUGAAGGAUUGGAUGAUGGCCCAGGAGCUUUUAGAUGUUAUUUAGACACUGGUUUGAUGCGCACUACAACGGGCGCACGAGUUUUUGGUGCCAUGAAAGGUGCAGUUGAUGGUGGCCUCAACAUCCCUCAUAGUACUAAGAGAUUUCCGGGCUAUGACAAUGAGUCAAAGUCGUUUAAUGCGGAUGUACACAGGCAACAUAUAUUUGCCCAACAUGUUGCCAAUUAUAUGAGAACUCUUGAAGAAGAAGACGAUGAAGUCUUCAAGAAACAAUUUUCGCAGUACAUUAAGCAUGGGAUUUCUGCGAAUGACAUCGAAAAUAUCUAUAAAAAAGCUCAUGAGGGAAUUCGAGCUAACCCUGAACACCAAAAAGUUGUGAAAGAUAAAGAGCCAAUUAAAAAGAGGUGGAACAGGGCAAAACUAUCGCUCUCAGAAAGAAGAAAUCGUAUAUCCCAGAAGAAGGCCUCUUUCCUCCGAACACUUGAAGAAACUGAAACUUAAUUUUUGUUCGGCUGGGUUAUACAAAUUACUUAAUAAACAAUAUUUAUGAAUAAUAAGAGUGAAUACACAUACAUAACGAAUUCAUGUUUUAAUUGUAAUAUAUACAAUAUAAAUAAUG